AUGACCAAAACUGGUUUUCAUGUCGCCCAAAAGCGAUAUGUGAGCUGUAGUAUAAAAAGUCAGUCAGUCAUUCGUAGACUUAUAUUCAAUAUGAAGGGCGUUACGAUUUUGUGUUUCGUGGCCACUCUUGCUUUGUCAAGCCCAAGUUCUGAGAAUUUGUACACCGAUCGUUAUGAUUCAAUCAACUUAGACGAGAUCCUCUCCAACCGACGUCUGCUGAUUCCUUACGUAAAUUGCUUGCUUGAGAAGGGCAAGUGCACUCCUGAAGGCAAUGAACUCAAAUCUCAUAUUAGAGAAGCCAUGGAGAACGAUUGUGCUAAAUGCACUGCAGCUCAAAGAAGAGGCACAAAUCAAGACCUAUAUCGAAAAAUGAAGAGUUUCAUGGUAUUAUGUUUAUUUGCGGUGGUGGCCUUCGUGUCAGCCCUUCCCUCGGAAACCUACACUGACCGCUACGAUAACGUUAACCUCGACGAAAUCAUCGCCAACCGUCGUUUGUUGGUUCCAUACCUAAACUGCAUUCUCGACAAAGGGAAGUGCACAGCAGAUGGGAAGGAGCUCAAAUCUCACAUUUCUGAGGCCGUCGAGAAUGAUUGUGCGAAAUGCACGGACGCACAGCGCAAGGGCACCCGGAAAGUCAUCGGGCACCUGAUCAACCACGAAAAGGAAUUCUGGGACGAGAUCACCGCCAAGUACGACCCCACGCACAAAUACACUAAGAAAUACGAAACUGAAUUGAGAACCGCGAAG